GUUUUGCACCAUCUAGUAGUAGAUAGUACACAUAGCUAGAACACGAGCAGCAAAUUAAGGCAACCAAUUAAAGAUGGCUAGGCCGUCGGCAAGCAGCAAGGCGUCGUCGUCGUCGCUGGUGAUCCUCGCGAUCGUCGUCGCCGCCGCGUCCCUCGCGCAGCCCGGCGCGGCCGACCUGAAGCUGAACUACUACGCGAGCACCUGCCCCAACGUGGAGACCAUCGUGCGCGGCGCGGUGCAGCAGAGGGUGCAGGCCACCAUCCGCACCGUCGGCUCCACCGUCCGCCUCUUCUUCCACGACUGCUUCGUCGAGGGCUGCGACGCCUCGGUGCUCAUCGACUCCACGCCCGGCAACCAGGCCGAGAAGGACGCCUCCGACAACAAGUCCCUCGCGCCCGAAGGCUUCGACACCGUGCGCAGCGCCAAGGCCGCCGUCGAGGCCGCCUGCCCUGGCACGGUCUCCUGCGCCGACGUGCUCGCCCUCGCCACUCGGGACGCCAUCUCCAUGAGUGGCGGGCCUUUCUUCCAAGUGGAGCUGGGCAGGCUGGACGGCCUGAGCUCCAGGGCCAGCAGCGUGCCAGGCCAGCUGCCCGAGCCGAACCAGACCAUGGACCAGCUGCUGGCGGUCUUCAAGGCACACGGGCUCGACAUGUCCGACCUCGUCGCGCUCUCAGCGGCGCACAGCGUGGGUCUGGCGCACUGCAGCAAGUUCGCGAACCGGCUGUACAGCUUCCAGCCGGGGCAGCCGACGGACCCGACGCUGAACCCCAAGUACGCGCAGUUCCUGCAGAGCAAGUGCCCCAACGGCGGCGCCGACAACCUGGUGCUCAUGGACCAGGCCUCGCCGGCACAGUUCGACAACCAGUACUACCGGAACCUCCAGGACGGCGGCGGCCUGCUGGGCUCCGACGAGCUGCUCUACACCGACAACCGCACGCGCCCCAUGGUGGACUCGCUGGCCAACAGCACCGCCGCCUUCAACCAGGCCUUCGCCGACGCCAUCGUCAGGCUCGGCCGCGUCGGGGUCAAGUCCGGCAGGCGGGGCAACAUCCGCAAGCAGUGCCACGUCUUCAACUGAUGGCACAAAAAUUGCAUUUGCAUCGUUGCAUGAGUGCACGCGCACGAAAUUGUGUGCGCGUUGACAUGCAUAUAUAUUCGUUCCUGGGAGAGGGAGAAGAUUCAUUUCAUUUGGGUGUAUUGUUCUGUUUUGUUUGUAGUUGAUUGUCCUGUUUGAUUCGUUGCAUGCAUGCGUUGAUUGUUGAAGAUGUGUGUAAUAGUAAAUUAGUAAUGCACAUAGGAUGUUCGGUGUUCCGCAAUGCAAUUAGUUGUACAAAGUACGUGACGAAUAAAACAUUCUCCAGAAUAAGCGCUCCGUAUUGAUUAUUUA